CUCAAAAUUAAAAUUGGAAUUUCAGUUCAGUUGUCAAAAUUUCAGUAAUGUCUUUUCCUAUCAUCAUCGGAAAUUCAACCAAAGACAAAGACAACCCACCGCAAGACGCGAAAAUCAGGAAUUUUUCCCAAAGCAUGAAGAAAAUCAACAAACUCAGCGAAUGGGAACAAAAAGCGACGGACCUACUGAUUGAACUGCAAAAAGCGAAAAGCCAGAUAGCAAAAUUACAAAAGGAAAAUCUAUCGUUAAAAACAGAAGCAAGUGACUUAAAAAUCGAACACGACAACCUGAAAAGAACUGUGGAAGUGAAUAAAGCCAAAAUCGAGAAAAACCUAGACGAACUCAACAUCGAAAUCAACCAAAAAGAAACCGAUUUGAAAGAAAGCGAGAAAAAAUGUACGCUGCAAAAAGAGUACUACAUGCAAGGAAUCGAGGCCCUGAAAAAAGAAAACAAAAAACUAGGCCACAAGAUCAAAAACCUAGAAGCUGAGAUGAAUCUACUGAAACUAAGUCACUCCACUUUGCAAAAACAAAAUGAGGACUAUCAAAAGCAAAUAAAAAAUGAAGGCAUCGCUGAAACUGAGAAGGAAGUCCAGGAAAAAAGUGAGACAAAGGAUGACACAUCCCAACAAUCACUAAAAUUGACUGGUGGCAUUCCCAAGACAUUUAAAAGUAAUGAUAGUGAAAAUCUAUUGUUAUCGGAUAUAUUCUUCAAGCCAAGAUCCUUCAAUGAAAACGAAAUGGUUUUCUUUGAUUCAAACCCUUCGGUGUAAUAACUUUAGAAAUGAUUUUUAACUUAACGUAGGUCCUAAGAGAAAAAUAUAAACCUAUAUUGAAAUCAAUUUGAAAAUUUCACUCAAGCAACGUUAAAUAUCGUUCUUUAA